CCGCCCCCACGCUCGGGCGGCUCUUCUCCCGGCGGACCACUUCAUCGUCUAUGCGCUGGUCUAUCCAAGAUGCCGCUCUACGAGGGCCUCGGGAGCGGCGGCGAGAAGACAGCGGUCGUGAUCGACCUAGGAGAAGCCUUCACCAAGUGUGGAUUCGCAGGAGAAACUGGUCCACGAUGUAUAAUUCCUAGUGUGAUAAAAAGAGCUGGCAUGUCUAAGCCAAUCAAAGUUGUUCAGUAUAAUAUUAAUACAGAAGAAUUAUAUUCCUACCUAAAGGAAUUCAUCCACAUACUGUAUUUCAGGCAUCUGUUGGUGAAUCCCAGAGACCGCCGAGUUGUGGUUAUUGAGUCGGUGUUAUGUCCUUCCCACUUCAGAGAGACACUUACUCGUGUUCUUUUCAAAUAUUUUGAGGUUCCGUCUGUCUUACUUGCUCCAAGUCAUCUGAUGGCGCUUCUGACCCUCGGGAUUAAUUCUGCCGUGGUCCUGGAUUGUGGAUAUAGAGAAAGCCUGGUGUUGCCUAUAUAUGAAGGCAUCCCAGUAUUGAAUUGCUGGGGAGCACUACCCUUAGGAGGAAAAGCUCUUCACAAGGAGUUGGAAACUCAGCUGUUGGAACAGUGUACUGUUGACACUGGUGCUGCUAAAGGACAGAGCCUCCCCUCAGUGAUGGGUUCAGUUCCAGAAAGUGUUCUAGAAGAUAUUAAAGUGCGUACGUGCUUUGUAAGUGAUCUAAAGCGUGGACUACAAAUCCAAGCAGCAAAAUUUAAUAUUGAUGGGAAUAAUGAGCGUCCCUCUCCACCUCCAAAUGUUGACUAUCCAUUGGAUGGAGAGAAAAUUUUACAUGUACUUGGAUCAAUCAGAGAUUCAGUUGUGGAAAUUCUUUUUGAACAAGAUAAUGAGGAGAAGUCAGUUGCCACUUUAAUAUUGGAUUCCCUUUUACAGUGCCCAAUAGACACCAGGAAGCAACUGGCAGAGAAUUUGGUAGUCAUAGGUGGCACAUCUAUGUUGCCAGGAUUUCUCCACAGAUUGCUUGCAGAAAUACGGUAUUUGGUAGAAAAGCCAAAAUACAAAAAGACACUUGGCACCAAGAACUUCCGAAUUCAUACUCCACCUGCAAAAGCUAAUUGUGUGGCCUGGUUGGGAGGGGCUGUUUUUGGAGCAUUGCAAGAUAUACUUGGGAGCCGCUCCAUUUCAAAGGAGUACUACAGUCAGACGGGCCGCAUACCUGAUUGGUGUUCUCUCAACAACCCACCUCUGGAAAUGAUGUUUGAUGUUGGGAAAACACAACCACCACUGAUGAAAAGAGCAUUUUCCACCGAGAAAUAAAUGCUUGAAUAAAUAAAUUCAGCCUUGCUUA